CCCCACCCCAUGAUGGCAGAAGAAACUCGACAGAGCAAAUUGGCAGCAGCAAAGAAAAAGUUAAAAGAAUAUUGGCAGAGAAAGAGCCCUGGCGUUUCAGCAGGAGCAAAGAGGAACAGGAAAACAACUGGCAGUGGCCCUCAGACAGCCACUGCUGAUGGUUGCCACUCACCUGGAGAUUCAGCAACAGGUAUCCAUGGGGAGGGCCCUACAUCAUCUGCUACCCUGAAGGAUCUGCAGAGCCCAUGCCAAGAACCAGCAGUAGUCCUGGACUUGAGGUCUGUAAAAAUCAGUCAACUGAAUAACACCAUCAAAUCUUGGAAAGAACAGAAGAAACAAGUAGAACAUCAGUUAGAAGAAGAAAAGAAAUCAAACAAUGAGAACAAAGCCAAAAGGCAGCUAGAGGUUCAAAUCCAGAGAUUGAACAUACAGAAAGAGAAACUAAAUACAGACCUGUAUCACAUGAAACGUUCCCUCAGAUACUUUGAAUAUGAAUCCAAGGAUCUGGCCGGCUGCCUGCAACAUUCAUUGCAGCGUAUAGCAGAGUUAGAGCGGGCUCUCUCUGCUGUCACCGCCACACAGGAGAAGAAGGAGAUCAGUACCUCAAGCCGCGGUAAAGCAGUUAUUGAGUGGCAGUUAGAGCAGUCCAUACGGGAGCAGGCACUGCUGAAACACAUGCUCUUGCAGUUGAAGGAGUUGCUUAAACAAGUCCAGCUAGAGAGAGAUGAAUAUGCUUAACACAUAAAAGGAGAGAAGGCCUGGUGGCAGCAGAGGAUGAGGAAAAUGUCUCCAAAGGGGAGCUCUGACCCUUCAGUUUGCACAUUGGAGAAGGAGAAGAAGCAUGAUACACGUCGGGUAGAGAAGCUGGAGAGGAGCUUGUCCAAACUCAAAAACCAGAGGGCUGAACCCCUGCCUCUGGAGCCUCCAGCAGUGCCCUCUGAGGUGGAGCUGCAGCAUCUGAGGAAGGAGGUUGAGAGAAUGGCAGGAGAACUCCAAGCCCAGGUGGACAACAAUCAGCGCAUGAGUGUCCUGAUCUGGGGGCAAAAGGACAGGCUUCAGGAGCAGGAGGAGAGGCUUUGGGAGCAGGAGGAGAGACUUCAGCAGCUGGCCGAGCCACAGAGCGGCUUUGAAGAGCUGAACAAUGAGAACAAGAGCGCACUGCAGUUGGAGCACCAGGUAAAGGAGCUGCAGGAGAAGCUGGGCGAGUGCCUGGAAACUUCCAGCCAGCAGAACCAGCCCCUACAGGCCCAGCUGAGCCUCACGGCUCUCCCUGGGGAAGGAGAUGGAGGAGGACAUCUGGACAGUGAGGAGGAGGAGGCACCUCAGCCCAUGCUGACCGUCCCGGAGGACCUGGAGAGCUGGGAGGCCAUGGUGGCAUUUUACAACUCCACUGAAGUCAGUGCCCAGGAGGAGCAGGCAUGGUUACAAGAGCAGGUGAAAGAGCACAGAGUGUGCUGCCAGCACCUGGCUCAGCCGGUGGCCUCUGCCCAGCAGGAGCCAGAAGCAGUGAUCCCAGCCCCAGUGACUGGUGGCGAGUCUGUGAGUGGGGAGACCCACCAGGCCCUGCAGGAGGUCAUGGAGAAGCUGGAGAGAGGCUUUAUGGACCUCCUGGAGGAGAAGGGGGACCUAAGGGAGUGGGAAAGUUCAUCACCUUAUAACGGAGCCAGGAGGCCUGUUACCUGUUGCUGCCUGGUGACACCUGGGGGAUUCCAUGGGGACUGCCAUGGAGCCUAUGGCGUGCAGUCUGGCCCUGACAGCCAACAGACUCAGAAGCCUGAUCUGGCGGUGGCGGGGAAACAGAGUGCUGGCUGCUCCUCAAUCUCCCUCCAGGCUGAGUUCAUGGCAGCCCCCUGUUGGCCAGAGCCAGCUUCACAGGAUAAGAGCCAGCUAAGCUUCAGGGGCUUUCCAGGAAAAGUGUCGCUUGGAAAAGCCAGGAGUCGUCAAUGGGCCCCCAUGGGCGUGCUGAUGGUGGUCAUGUUGAUGUCACCCAUGAUGCUGAACGCCUCCUUCAGCAUGUGGUGCAUAUGCAGUAUCUCGUCGCGCCGCUGUGCCUGCUAUGCUGAUUCCUCCAUCAGCGUGUUCUGGUCCCCAUGCAAGUACAGGUGGGAUAGCAGUUCCGAGAAGAGGAACUCCUUGGUCUGA